AUGGGGGUCGCGUCCGCCGCGCUCCUGGGCCUCGCGGGCGUCGCGCACGCGGACGAGGCGGAGCACGGCCUGCACUCCGCCGCCUACCCCUGGCCGCACGAGGGCAUGUUCGACUCCUACGAUCACGCGUCCAUCAGGCGCGGGCACCAGGUGUACCAGCAGGUUUGCGCCGCGUGCCACUCGCUGAACCUGGUGGCGUACCGCAACCUGGUGGGGGUGUGCUACACCGAGGAUGAGGUCAAGGCGAUGGCCGAGGAGAUCGAGGUGACCGACGGACCGGACGACACCGGCGAGAUGUUCGACCGCCCCGGAAAGCUCAGCGACAGGCUCCCCGCGCCCUACGCCAACGAGGAGGGCGCGAGGUACGCCAACAACGGCGCGUACCCGCCCGACCUUUCGCUCAUCACCAAGGCGAGACACGACGGCCAGAACUACGUGUUUUCGCUCCUCCUCGGGUACCGCGAGCCCCCCGCGGGCGUCAGCGUCCGCGAGGGCCUUCACUACAACCCGUACUUCCCGGGCGGCGCGAUCGCGAUGCCCAAGAUGCUCGUCGACGGCGGCGUGGAGUACGACGACGGCACCCCCGCGACGGAGACGCAGAUGGCCAAGGAUGUCACCACGUUUCUAGCGUGGGCGGCGGAGCCCGAGGCGGACGACCGGAAGCUGAUGGGGGCGAAGUUCAUGUUCGCCCUGAGCCUGGUGGCGGUGCAGGCUGUGUAUUACAAGCGGUGGAUGUGGUCGCCCAUCAAGGCGCGCCGUCUGGUGGUCAACGCCGUGCACUGA